CUCGCCGCGUGCGGCCGGCCACCAGUGCGUCGCGCAUCUUCGGAGCCCACGGCAGCGCUUCGCCACACGUUUUCUGGGCACUCCGCGCGAGCAGACGACAGAAAAAAAGCGUCGGUAGGCAGUGCGUUCCUUGCUAGUUGCUGGCGUUACCGUGCAGGAGCCAACAGUCAUGGCCGAAGAAGAGCUCUCUGAGAAGUUUGCGCGCCGGGAGGCGAUCGAGAAGGGCGAGAUCACGGAUCUUAAAAUGAGCGAAGGAUUCAACCCUUACAUCGAGUUUUCGCGCAAGGAGAUCAAGGAGUACGAGAAGCACUUCAAGAAGUUUGACCUGAACGGCGACCACGUGCUGGACUUCGAGGAGCUGAAGCGCAUGAUGGAGAUCCUGGGCGCCCCGCAGACCCACCUGGCGCUCAAGGAGAUGAUCCGCCAAGUGGACGAGGACUACGACGGCACCAUCAACUUCAGGGAGUUCUUGCUGAUCUUCAAGAAGGCACGGGACGGCGAGCUGAGCACGGACGGCGGCCUCAGCGCACUCGCGCGGCUCACGAGCAUCGACGUGGAGAAGGCAGGCGUUGGGGGCGCCAAGGACUUCUUCGAGGCCAAGGCGAUGGAGCUGAACCGCGGCAACCGGUUCGAGGAGGAGAUCAAGCAGGAGCAGCUGGAACGAAAGAUCGAAGAAGAAGAGCGCAAGAAGCGACAGGCUGCAUUCAUGGAGAAGGCAAACUUCUUCAAGAACGCCGCCGCCACGUAGUGAGGGUGCGGCACAGCCGCGCCACGCAAGCAACGCUGCUACUGCUGUGGCCAUCACACGAGCUCCUCGUCAGUCAAGCCUCGGCUACAAGUCACCUCUUUCGUUGUUACACCGUGUCAGCUUUCAGUACGACACAUGACACAGAGUAUAUUUUUAAUCAAACAAAACGCACUUCGUGCCUUGCAGCGCCGAUUCAUGAAGAGGCGACCGAGCGAGGUGCCAAUGAGUCUUAUUUUCUGCCGACGUUAUCUGUUCCUUCGGGCAGCGCUGAGCGCAUGGCCACAGAACGGUAUAUAAUAUAUAUUACGCAUGAGUGUAAAUACGCGUGUAAAUAAAGAAGAGAGGACCAAAAGACAUACACUUGCUGCCACUUUAUUGAACAGAGAUUUUUGGAUGUACAUCGAAAGCAUCGCGGUUUGUUGUCAAUAAA